UUUUAAGCUCAGUAGUUGAUGCUUGAAUCAUUUAAACCUUUGACCUUAAAAUAGUGCAUAGUAUAUCUUUGGAUUUGAUCUUACUUCCAUGAAAGGUUUGUCUUUUCCGUCAUUGUAGAUUAUAUUUUAUUGCAUGCUUAAUUCCCGAUCCAGCCUCACCUACAACUGAAGCAUUUUUUGACUUAUUUUUCUCUUGAGUGUUCAUGUAAACAUUUAAAAGCAUCUUUGUAGACUAGAAGUUUAUAUUUGAUCAUGUUAAUCAUAAUUGUUUUCUUUUUCAUUGAAGAGAAUCUGUGCACAUUGUGAACUCAGAAGAUGACAUCGAAGACAUCGAAAGAAUUGUUACGAAAAGUACAUGAAUUUGUGAAAGGAACUGCUACUUUUCCAUUGAGUCUUUUGUUAAUCGGAGUGGAGAAGCUGAUUGAAGUGGAAUUUUUUUCAUGUCCAUGCAGAGUUGAGCAGAAUGCACUGCUGACAUCAUCUGUCUUCAUUGGACCUGCUCUUUUUCUUUUCACUUUAAUGCAUCUUGUUUUUAGACCUUUUAGAUAUGGAUGCAGCAGCUGUGGAGGUGCGAAUCAUAACAAUCAGCCUAAUGAUUCUCAGCAGAGUUCAGCAGACAAUGCUCAGAGUACUAAAACUCAAAGCUGUCCUAAAGCUUUUGCAUCUUGUCUGAUUCCACCUGUCAUCUGGAUCUUCAUCUUGUUACUUGAUGGUGAAUAUGUUGCUUGCAGCAUGACAGACUGGAAAGGAGUUUAUGUGUUUGAUCAGGAGCUCAACAAGUUCUGGUGUAAUCCUACCGAAAAGAUCCAAAAUGUAACGGAGCUACGAGAUUUGACUCACAGUUACAUUCAUCAGUCGCAGUUUUCUCAGUAUGCAGGUUACAUCUUGAUCUCUGUCUUCAGUGCACUGACGUUUGUCUUUGUGAGUAUUCACGACUGCUGCAUUAGUGGAAAAUGUGCCGAUUACUGUCCAGAUCAACUGUUAUGCUGCAGACAAACUACGGAGACACAAAGCUCCUCCUCAGGUCACCGUCCAACUCCGUCCUCCUCAGUUCCAAGUCCAACUCAGUCCUCCUCAGGUCAGCAUCCAACUCCAUCCUCCUCAGUUCCAAGUCAAACUCCGUCCUCCUCAGUUCCAAGUCAAACUCCUUCCUCCUCAGUACCCAGUCCAACUCCGUCCUCCUCAGGUCAGAAUCCAACUCUCGUCCUCCUCAGGUCAAAUUAUUACUCCAUCCUCCUCAGGUCAGCGCCCCCUCCAUCCUCCUCAGGUCAGCGUCCAACUCCGUCCUCCUCAGGUAGGUAA